UAUAAACCGCUGUCCACUACAUACAUAUUGGUGUUUAGCGUCAUUUGAUUUCUUAUUAACUCCAUUAGUCGUUUGAUUGAAUAUAUUUUGCGCGUAGUUCACUGAAGUAAAAUUCACCAUAAACCAUGGAAUCUCGUGUAAUGUACGCUGUCCUGUUCGCCGUUCUCGUCGCCUUCGCAUCAUGCUAUCCGUCCAGUGAAGCCGUCAGGGAUAAACGUAACGUAAUAACCGACGCAGCCAAAGGCGGCCUGGGAGGAGCAGUGGCCGGUGCCGUUCUACCGGGCGUCAGUGCCAAACAGGGCGCCGCAUUAGGCGCCGCCGCCGGGGCGGGAGCCGGUGCGGCUAAGAAGGAUGCCAAAGACCAUCAAGCGGCGGCUUAAACAAUUUUUAUUCUGUACAUAUGAUAAUAAUUGUUAUAAUUAUGUUUUGUGAAAAAAAAUUGCCAAUGUAUCAGUAACCGCUCCUGACAACGAAUCUGCAAACUGUUUUGUAAAAAAAGAGAAUGAUAUCCUUCAUGGAUUCCAAGUGCUGUGCUUGCCGGUUUGAUUAAACGCGGCGCUGUGGAUCGUUUCGUUGUACUAUAGCCGCAACGUUUUCGCAAAAUAAAUCAUGCUGUUAAUAA